CAGCUCCCGCGUGGUCGCUUUCGUCCCGUAGGCUCGCCACCCGCCCUGCACGAUGUCGUACAUGUUGCCGCACUUGCACAAUGGCUGGCAGGUAGACCAGGCCAUCCUCUCGGAAGAGGACCGAGUCGUGGUCAUCCGCUUUGGGCAUGACUGGGACCCGACCUGCAUGAAGAUGGAUGAAGUCUUGUACAGCAUUGCUGAGAAGGUAAAAAACUUUGCUGUUAUUUAUCUUGUGGAUAUCACUGAAGUACCAGACUUCAACAAGAUGUAUGAGUUGUACGAUCCCUGUACCGUCAUGUUUUUCUUCAGGAACAAACACAUCAUGAUUGAUUUAGGUACAGGUAAUAACAACAAGAUCAACUGGGCAAUGGAAGAUAAGCAAGAGAUGAUUGACAUUAUAGAAACUGUUUAUAGAGGAGCCCGCAAAGGUCGAGGUUUGGUGGUAUCGCCAAAAGAUUAUUCCACUAAAUACAGAUACUGACAUUUCUUUGGAGCUGCCUUUUUUUUAACGCUACAUCCACUUAAGUUUAUUCUUGUGUAUGUGUACAUAUAUUUGUAUGUAUAUAUUAAAAAAACCAAACCUAAAAAUCCUU